AUGUUCAAAACAACGACGACGACCCUUCUCUGUUUCCUUCUCGCCGUCGUCAUCCAAGCGGACCCUUCUUCCCCCACCGCAACAUACCCCCCAACUUCCACCGGCUCCUCAACAGACACGUACGUAUACGCCGUUUGCUCUCCGGCCAAAUACUCCCCUGGCUCCGGCUACGAGACAAACCUCAACUCCCUCUUCUCUUCACUCGCCAGCUCCACUGUCCUCAGCCGCUACACCAACCUCACCGUUCCCGCCGCCGGCGUAAAACCCGAACAAGGCGUCACCGUAUACGGCCUCUUCCAAUGCCAAGACGACCUAGACCAGACUUCUUGCUCAUCUUGCGUGUCACGCGCCGUCUCACAGGUGGGAACCUUAUGUCCGACCUCGUACGCCGGUUACUUGCAGAUGCAAAGUUGCCUUGUCCGGUACGACAAGAGUUCGUUCUUCGGCGUUCAGGACAAAGCGGUGGUGAUCAAGAAAUGUGGUCAGUCGAUGGGAUUCAACGACCAGGAUGCGUUGACCAGAGCCGGUGACGUCAUGGGUUCGUUAGGUUCAGGAAGUGGGCCCUACAGGAUUGGUGGGAACGGGGAUGUUACGGGUGUGGCGCAGUGCAUGAGGGAUCUGAGUGCAUCGCAGUGUCAGGAUUGCUUGGCUGAUGCAAUCGGACGGCUGAGAUCCGAAUGUGGAAUGGCUCAAGGUGGAUACGUCUACUUGUACAAGUGUUACGCGCGUUUCAGCGUCAGUGGUAGUCACGCGCGUCAGACCCCAAACCCAAACUUCUUUGGAGGAGAGAAAGAUGACAAAGAUGAUAAUAACGGCGUGGGGAAAACAUUGGCGAUCAUAAUAGGAAUCAUCACCUUAGUCAUCUUGCUUGUUGUGUUUCUAGCUUUUCUUGGAAAGCAAUGUAGAAAACUACAAGAUGAGAAAUGGUGUACAUGA